UUUGAAAAAACACGAGCUCUGUGUUUAAACGAAAUAGAUUAGGUCAAACCUGGUGCUUUGUGCAGUGAGAUACAGACUGCGUGUGUGGGAGAAAGAGAGAGAGAGGACGAGAGAACGCGAGUCUGCUCUGAGCUCUUUGUUUUUUUUUUUUUUUUUACGGAUGACAGGAUGUUGCUGUCUUUAAGCACAGAUUCGCUUCGUCUCUGCUCGGAUUCAAUUUAUUCCUCAAGUUACUGAGCGCUAAAUGUUGGCUUCGUUGAGACGCAGCAGAAUAUUGUUGUUUUUCUUAUUGGGACGGAACGGGACUUUCUGAUUCGCCCUUUAUUGUGGUUGUGUUUUAUUUAUUUAUUUGUUCUUCUUAAGGAGGAGAAUAUAUCCUUUGAAUCGGACCUGGGCGUUUCAGAAGAGAAACUUCGGAGGUGCAGGAUGGACAUACCUGUAAUCUUUUUGCUCAUCCACCUGACCCAGACUCAGAUUAAAGCUCUGGUGGCAAGCACUUCGGAGAAAGAGGCAAGAUGCCCCCUUGGCCAGUUUCCCUGUGGCAACAUGAGUCAAUGUCUCCCUCAAGCUUUGCAGUGUAACGGACACAAAGACUGUCCCAAUGGAGCGGAUGAAUGGCGCUGUGGUGAUAACAUCGGUUUGGCAGACUUCAUCGGAGAAACCCUUCAGAACCGACCAACGAUUUCUUCUUUUCUCAAUGAAUGCUUUUUGCAGGAGUACCCAGAAAGUUGUGACUGCAUCCAAACAGACGUCAGGUGUGUGGAGGUCAACCUCGAGGAGGUUCCCCUGGUUUCACCAAAUGUUACGUGGCUGUCACUGAGGAGCAACAAGAUCCAAAUUCUGGACGACUUUGUUUUCUCUGAAUACUCUGCACUGGAGAGAUUAUUUCUACAAAACAACAGCCUCCAGUUCAUAUCAAAACACGCCUUCAGUGGACUGUACAGUCUUAAGAAGCUGUUUCUCAGCAACAACUUAAUAUCCUCCCUCAGUCCUGGCGUGUUCAAGGAUCUGAGUCAGUUAGAAUGGCUGAUGUUGGAUCAUAACCCACUUAGCAGUUUGACUCAUGAGACGUUCUUCGGACUUCGUUCGCUCGUAUUUCUAUCAAUGGUGCACACCUCACUGCAGCAGCUUCCUCAUCCCAGCUUCUGUCAACACAUGCCUGCCCUGGACUGGCUAGAUCUCGAGGGAAACCAGAUUCAGACUCUCAACUAUUCCAUCUUAAAAACAUGCAGCAAACUUGAAGUCCUAUUACUAAUGGACAACAGAAUCACGAGAAUCCCCGAAGACACAUUUCAGUCUCUGUGGAAGCUUGGGGAACUAAAUCUUUCUGGUAAUAGAAUCAAUGAGCUGCCAAAGAACACGUUCAAGAACCUCUCCAAGUCCCUCCUGAAACUAAAUAUAUCCUACAAUCCCCUUCUCCGCAUUCAUCCGAGUCACUUCAACCACCUGACCCAGCUUCAGUCUCUGGCUCUGGAAGGUAUCGAGAUACCAGAUAUUCAGACUAAAAUGUUUCUUCCCAUGAAGAACCUUUCACACAUCUACUUUAAGAAAUUCCAGUACUGCUCCUAUGCUCCUCAUGUGAGAUCGUGCAAGCCCAACACAGAUGGCAUCUCUUCAUUUGAGGACCUGCUGGCAAACAUGGUGCUGCGGGUGUCUGUUUGGGUCAUGGCUUUCAUUACCUGUUUUGGGAAUCUCUUAGUCAUCGGUAUGAGAUCACUGAUCCGUGCAGAAAACAAUCUACAUGCUGCCUGCAUCAAAGUCCUCUGCUGUGCAGACUGCCUGAUGGGGGUGUACUUGUUUUUCGUUGGCGUGUUUGAUGUGAAGUUCCGGGGACAGUACAAUCGAAACGCCCUGCUGUGGAUGGAGAGUGUGGAGUGUCGCACCAUUGGCUUUCUAGCCAUGCUCUCCUCAGAGGUAUCUGUUCUCCUCCUGACGUACUUGACUCUGGAGAAGUUCCUGGUUAUUGUGUUCCCUUUCAGCAAUUUGCGCCCAGGAAAACUUCAGACUGGGGUGAUCCUGUCGUCUAUCUGGCUGAUGGGCUUCAUCAUUGCUGCGGUGCCACUUAUGAACGAAGACGUCUUUGGGAACUACUACGGACGCAACGGAGUCUGCUUUCCUCUACACUCUGACAGGCAAGAGAAACCUACAAGCAAAGGAUAUUCAACUGGGAUAUUUCUAGGUCUAAAUCUGGUGGCGUUCCUUGUGAUCGUCUUCUCCUACUCCAGCAUGUUCUAUUCCAUCUACAAAACUGGAAUCAAUGCGACUGACCUGCGGAGCAGACUGCACAGAGACGUGGCAGUGGCCAACAGAUUUUUCUUUAUAGUGUUCUCUGACGCCCUCUGCUGGAUUCCCAUAUUUUUAGUGAAGAUUCUCUCGCUGCUGGAAGUGGAGAUACCAGACACGAUCUCCAGCUGGGUUGUCAUUUUCAUCCUUCCAAUCAACAGUGCCUUGAACCCCAUCCUGUACACUCUGACAACCAGCUUCUUCAGAGAGCAGGUGGAGCUCUUGCUCUGUCGCUGGCAGAGAAGACACACCCUGAAGAAAGACCGCAAAAGCCUCACUUCCUCCACCAUCUUCGUGGAGACGGCGCGGCCGCAGUGCUACCAGCCGCCUGCCUUCCUCCAGCAGCUGUCGCUGGUCGAAGCGGACCCUCGCUAUGCCUAACAGGACUUUUUUUUCUUUUUUUUUAAACUGCCAUUUUUAUAAACUGUGGGUCAUAGGCCAAUUUUAUUGCCACAUUUUUAAGCUCUUACAUGACAGCAGCACUGUUUUUAACACUCCCAGGAGGAAAAAAAAAUGUUACAAUCACUGUGCUGAUUCAUCAUGCUCUGACAUUUUUUUUUUUUUAAUGUCUUGUGUUUUUUGUCGAUUGUGCACAAAGGCAGCACCUUCAGCUUACUGUUAUAAAUGUCUUACUCAGAGCCUCCUUAGCAUGAGCAUGAGGAGCCAAGGCUUACACCACCAAUGUUGCAUCUUGGAGGAGUUUCUGUGUUGUUUAAGCUGCAGCUUCCACCAUACGUUCUACGAAAAGGUCUAACACGUAGAUUACAUCCCACACUCGUGACACCUGUUGAUACUUCAGUGUCAUCUGAUUGAAUUUAUGGGAGAUGUGCAAAAGCAGAUAUCACUUUUAUCUCAGUCACAUACACUGUUAUCCAUGGAGAGACUGACCAACUGUUACACAAUUAUCUGGAAGCUGAACUGAGUUCAAUCAGAAAUGGACAAACAGAUAACGAACAAAAGGACUUUUGCUUUUUUUUAAGAUGUAGCACUCAGACGUAUUUUGAUUAUAAAAUUACAAAUCAGCUUUUGCAUUAUGUAGUCAUUUACCGUGCACAAAGUUAAUGCAUGUAUGAAAAUGCCAAAAAGAAAAAGAAAAGAGAAACAAACGUUUGGGUUAAUUUUUGAAUCUGAGAGAUUUAGUCUUUCUGUUUCAAUCCAUUUCUUCUGUAAUUCCUUUUCCUCUUGUCCUUGGGUUUAGAGGGCUUUUCAGUUUUACUAAAUAAAGUUGUAUAUAUAUAAAUUAGAAUACCAGAUAAGUUAGUUUAAUUAAUUCAGUUUAGAAAUUAAAACUCAAUCUUCACAUACAUUUAUUACAGACACUCUGUAUAUUCUAUACAGUUUUGUCUUUGACUACAUACUAUACUUUAAUUUUUUUUAUAACUGAUGAUUAUGACUUUCAUGAUCAUAAGUAAAAAAAUUCAAAAUGCAGUUUCUCC